UCUUAAAAUUAUAAAGGGAAUGGAUGGAAAACUUGUUUCAUUACGGAUACUUUUGUCUUCCUUUUUUUAUUGGAUCAGAUGUCAAAAUGACAACAGUGGAAAAAGUCAUUAAAACAACAAUCCGAGCAGUAACCCAGGAUCUUUACACACUGCUGUGUAUCUCACUUGUAAGACCAUGACUGACAUGGUUCUGCUCUGAAGGCAACGAAUAACACUGAGGGCAGAGCAGCGGUGACGUAGGAGUCAUUGCUCCAACCUGCUCUUCUCUCAGUGCGCUCAUCAGACAUUUUGCUUCAGACAAGUGAGUUGCAAACAUCUGAACGCAAAACUUAUCCGGAGAGCCCUUCAGUCAUUGCUGACAUCCUCAUCCUCUAAUUCAACAGAUACCAGCAUGCAUCCCUUAAGUGGUGUCUUUGGCUCUUUCACUGUGUUUGGAGCCCUACUGUUGUUGCCCUUGACAUGUCUCGGCACCAUGCUGACCGUGAUUGGAAUCUGCAUAGCCUGGAGGGGCUCUUGGAAGUUCUUGCAUGUGGCGCUACAUACCUUCAAAAGAGACAUUGUGUGUUUGUUUGUUAUACUGCGAGUAAAGUUUGCAAUGUACCAAAGUGCCAGAAAAAGGAGAACCAUACCUGUUUUGUUUGCCAAGACAGUCGCACGGCACCCACACAAACCAGCGCUUAUCUAUGAGCCCACUGGAGAGGCUUGGACUUUCCGGGAACUGCAGGAGCGGUGCAAUGCUGUGGCUCACUGGGCGCUGAGACAAGGGUGGGGAGAGGGGGACGUGGUAGCAUUGUACAUGGAAAGUUGCCUUUUAUUGGUGGCUUUGUGGUUGGGUCUCGCUAUGGUGGGUGUGGAGGCUGCACUCAUCAACUACAACCUGCGCUGGAAAUCACUGCAGCACUGUGUUAGUGCGUCCAGGGCGCGGGCUUUGGUGUUUGGCGGUGAGCUAACUGAAGCUGUGUUUGCGGCGAGAGAAUCUCUGCAUUCCGACAUGGUUUUGUUUCGAAAUGGUGAACAGUCAGGUGACGAGAGGUUUGGGUGUCUGAAAGCUGGGAAUCUGGAUGACCUGCUGGCACAUGCACCCAAGCACCCACCCAGCUACACCCCUGACAAGGAAUUUAACGACAGACUUUUCUACAUUUACACAUCUGGUACAACAGGAAUGCCAAAAGCAGCUGUGGUGGUUCACAGUCGUUAUUACCGCAUUGCUGCGUUUGGUUUUCAUGCUUUUGGCUUGCGAAAUGAUGAUGUCAUCUACAACUGUCUGCCUCUAUAUCACUCUGCAGGAACUAUAAUGGGUGUAGGGCAAAGUUUGCUGUUUGGUUUGACAGUUGUCAUCAGAAAUAAGUUCUCAGCCAGUAGGUUCUGGGAUGAUUGUGUCAAACACAACUGCACAGUAAUCCAAUAUAUAGGAGAGAUUUGUCGAUACUUGUUAGCCCAACCGAUUCACUCAUCCGAGGGACAGCACCAGGUCCGUGUUGCCAUUGGUAACGGCCUCCGUCCAUCCGUGUGGGAGGAGUUUGUUCGGAGAUUCAGAAUAAAACGUGUUGGGGAAUUUUACGGUGCCACAGAGUGCAACUGCAGCCUUGUCAACAUUGAUGGAAAGGUGGGUGCAUGUGGCUUCAAUAGUCGUAUCCUGCCAAGCUUUUACCCCAUCAGACUGGUCAGAGUACAGGAAGACAAUGGAAAACUGCUCAGAGAUGUGCAGGGACUCUGUAUACCCUGUCAGCCUGGUGAACCAGGGAUGUUAGUGGGCCGCAUCAACGAUAAGGAUCCACUCAGAAGAUUCGAUGGCUAUGCUGACCAGGAUUCCACCAAUCAGAAAAUAGUACACAAUGUCUUCAAGACGGGGGACUCAGCUUACGUCUCAGGUGAUAUACUGGUGAUGGACGAUUAUGGCUACAUGUACUUCAGAGACCGCUGCGGUGACACCUUUCGCUGGCGAGGGGAGAAUGUUUCCACCACGGAGGUGGAGGGGGUCCUCAGUGGCCUGUUGGGACACACUGAUGUCGCCGUCUAUGGAGUUUGUGUGCCAGGUGUGGAGGGGAGGGCUGGUAUGGCAGCAAUAGCACAUGGAGGAGGCCAGUUUGACCCAGAGGCCUUCUUGUCCGUUGUCCAAAAAGCUCUCGCCCCUUACGCUCGUCCGGUCUUUCUGCGACUUAUGCCAGCUGUAGACACUACAGGCACCUUUAAGAUUCAGAAGAUGCGGCUGCAGAAAGAAGGUUACAAAUCACAAAACUCAAGAGAGAAGAUCUAUUUUCUUAACAGCCCUCUUGGGUGUUAUGAGGCUGUCACUGAUGAAUUGUAUGACUCGAUUAUGGCAGGACGUGUGCGUCUAUGAGACUGAAGAGACAGACAUUGUUAACCACAACAAAUGAUUUUUUUGUAUCCUCGCAGAAGGUAUUUAAGAGCAAUAAAAAUGGAUUUAUGAAUAUGAAUUUGUUUUAGUAUAGUUUGAGAGAGGUACUUUACACCCUUAAGCAUUUAAGUUCAGUUCUCGGAUAAGGAGUUUAACCAUGCCUUCACAUUUUAAGGGGGGUCAAAUGGUAAAAGAUGAAGCAUCUGUUUUUUGCAAAAUCCAACAAGCAUCCAUUAUAGAAGCGUUUUGUGGUUAUUAGUAGCUGUUCACUGUGUUGAAAAAUUAGUGUUCAGUGCUAGAGUCAUCGUUUUAUUCUCCAGCCAAUUUAGCACCAUCUAGUGAGCAAAAGGAGCAUCACUGCAAGUCCAUGCUAUGGAAUUCCAGGAUAGGGGAAAAGCUAUUGGGGCACUUCAAGAAAGAGAAAAUGGCAUAAAAUCUGGAUUUCUUUUUGCUUGUACUCUUCCCGUAUAGUUUUCUAAAUCAUUUCUUGGUUGUGUAUUCAUGAAUGAUUUCACUGAGCCGGUUCAUAAUCUCACCUCAACAGUGUUAAAUAGGGUUGAGGUAAGGCUUCUCUUCCCCAACAAACUCACACAAUCAUGGACUGUGUUUUGUUCAUGAGAUCCAGUCAUCAAAACGAGGGAAGAAUCCCUGACAUUCAUCCAAUCUGUGAACUGCGUUAUGCAGCCUUCUGCGACUAAAUGCUGCUAUACUGUCAUGUGUGUAUGUGUGUGCGCGCGCACACGUAUGAGUGAGCUAUAAUUCAUGUAUAAGGCCUCUGUUUCCAAAAUGUAUUUACAAAGGGUGAGAAAAUGGCCAAGCUACGGUAACGGGAAAGCUUUGGAAUGAAAUUGUAGGCAACAGCCAUGACAGGUCUGCUCUCACUUGAUGACUUUGUACAACUGCUUGGCUUCGUGACAGCCUUGUAACCCUAAGAAAGAGUAAUAACCAGGGAGACUGUGUGCGCUCGCUGUGGGAAAGUGGUUUUAUACAUCACUGUUGAUGGGACAAAUGCCCGCCCCCUACCUCAAUUAUUCUUUGUGGUGUUGAAUAACAGGGAGCGGGACCGUGAAUAACUGUUGUGAUAAGGUCUUGCAACUUUUUAAAGUUAAAGAAACCAGUUCAGUUUAAUGUUAUUAAGAUUGUCUUUUUUUAUGAUACAAAUGAAAGACACAUUGCUUGAUGUUAUAACAGUGUGCUUUCCUAGCAGAGAAUUUCCACAAACAUUGAAUUGAGGGCACUUGUCUUGGUUCUUCUCAAUACCCAUGAAGAGUCCCGUUGCCUCGAUUCAACUUCUGCGGAUAUUGUGUUAUGAAAACACAGGUGCGGAUUACCAUGACCCAGAUGCCCGAGAAUAUACAAAUGCAUAACUGACAAAACAACAUGUGGAUGCCAGAUUUCUUCUUGCAGUCAACUGAGGUCACAAAAGUAAAUUAUGUCCUCCAUGUCUGCAUAUUGUUUACGUGAAGACUGUCCACUUUGCUUUGAUACUCAAGGGACCAUACAGGCGCUGACUCAUCGUCAGGAAAUGAAACCGGGAGCUUUGGAGGAACCAAAUUGCGGUGGUGGGGGAUCGACAUAUGAAGGCACUUUGAUCUGGCUCAGAUGGAAUGUACCAAAUGAAAGCAAGGAACACUGGAUUGUAAAUUUGGUGGGACAGGUGUUAAGGGCAUUAGUCUUAACAGGAUGCCAACUAGAAAUUUGUGAGAUGUGUGGAAGGCACUGAUAAUGGGAAAAUGUAAAGUGUGUUGCAAAGACAAAGUGUGUCUAAUUCAUCUUGCAGUGACGUGUUGGCUUUUAUGACCAUAGAUUUACAAUCCCAUCAUGUCCUGAUGCUAAUUCAUUGCAUUUGUCACUUUUAUGACCUCACUUGUCUUUCAUCAUCUGAAAGCGCAAUUGAAUUUACUUCGAUAAUAAUCUCCAAGCACUGUAUAUUGUUGUACUAUAAAUUCUAAGUUGGUAGUUAGCUACUGUCAGGUGUCAUUAGGUUUGUAAAAUACAACUAUGCUAAUUCUUGGCUUUGGGCACACGAAGUUCAGAAAACAAUAUCGUCGAAGAGUAGUUAAAAAGUGACAUUUCAUAGUGUACAUUACGAUGCAACAAUGGCGGGCUGUACAUUUAGUACCACGGGCUUCAGUGGGCACAUCCCUAACUUAGUCCACCUCUUAACGACACUCACAUGUUGCAGUUAUAGAAACCAUCAAUAACAGCAUGCAACAAUUCCAUGUACGCCAUGCGGAGCAGUUUGAUAUAAAAAUGUAUCGAAUGACAUCACAAAAUGUAAAACAUGAUAAUCUUCAUCAUAUUCACCAAAGAUGCUGAUUAUAAAAUAUAGAUAUGUGUGCAGAUGGCCACAGAUGCCAAAGUUGGCUGUAAAAAGUUUUUCUCUGACCAUCCUAUCAAAAGUGAUUGUGAAGGCAGAUUAUUAUUAUUAUCAUUAUUUGAACAUUGCUCAAUGGCAUUCGUUAUUCAUGAGCUACUUUCAUCAAUAAUAAUCACGAAAUAAUAAUUACAUUACACAUAAUAAAUGUCACACAAUGAAAGGUUUUUGUUCUCUGAUUGCGCAUACUGUACACACUGUCAACAACAGGUUUUGUUGACAGUAUCAUGUUGUCGACGUGCAAGCUGUUAGAGCAAGUCUGAAUCAGUCGGACAUGUUAUCUCUUGUAGGCAACACCCCUUCCUCAUGCAGAGGGGCCCGUCAACUGCUAUCAUGAGUUUUAUUUUGUGUGAUUUGAGGAUU